AUGGCGGUCCCAAAUGCCCGCUCUUUUCACUUCCCUGUUCAGGGACCCGUUAUAGUAGAGGAUACCUGCUUGUGCUUCAACGCCCUGGGGGGGCUUCCAGGACCGUACAUAAAAUGGUUCCUGGAAAAACUCAAACCAGAAGGCCUCUACAAGCUGCUGGCUGGGUUUGAAGACAAAUCUGCCUAUGCUCUCUGUACCUUUGCAUUCAGCACUGGAAACCCGGAGGAGCCUGUGAAGUUGUUCAAAGGCCAGACUCACGUAGGUGUUGUGCCUGGGGAGGGGAACAUGCUGAGGGAGGGGGGCUGGGGAAUUCGCGCUGUGGCCUCUCCGCUGCUGAGACUCGUGGUUCCUCUCCCCUCCAGCUACGCCGAGCUGCCCAAGGCGGUGAAGAACUCCAUCUCGCACCGUUACCGAGCGCUCCGAGAGCUCUCCGCCUUCUUUCUCCAGAACAUCUCAACAGAGCCCCGCUCUGCUCCCAGCUAG